AUGGCGGAACAUGGACUAUCACGAUUAGAUGAAACAACCGUCAACGAAGAAGAGCAAGAAGAGACAACAUCCGAGCAACUACUCCAUCGCUUUAUGGAAGUGAUUCUUCUCCUUUUCUCAAUCAUCUGCGAUAGCAGAGAUGAAUAUAGAAGUACCCCUGGUAAGGUGAAAAGAAACAUGUACGUGGGUGGACUGUUGUGUGACAUAGAAGAUGACGGCUAUGUUUAUAUCAGCCGGGCAGGUACCUCCGGACAUGGACCUGCCGAUGAUAAUAGGGAAGGACGCGCGCCCUACGUUAAAUGGGUGAAGAGAGGUCCGAAAGAAAGUAAGACGGAAGUGCAAUCGGCGGCUGGUGGUGAAGAAGAGAUUCCUUUUGAGAAGCCAACAGAAAAAAAGGACGAUGCCAUUUACAUGGAAGUGCCUCUUGAUGAGGAAAGGUCACAUGUUUCCUCUGAUAGGAGUCGAUUUGGCACUGUCCCUAUUAUUCGAUACGAGACAAAACGUCUCAACACUGCCAAGAGUAGAGACCUCAAUGUCUUCAGUCAAAUUUUCUCUCAGUUAUUGACAGCUGCUGAGAUGAACAUGGCGUAUUUGGAGGAUGUGGACACACUCCAAGGAAAUUGGCUGACCGCGGCACUUGAUAAACCAUCGGUAUCAGAGACGACUGCAAAAUAUCAUGAUGCCUUUGUAAUCCAUGUGAUCCAUCAUACUUUGACAAUCCACACUGCUCGUUUCCCAAAAAGCUAUCUCGAUUGGAUCAAAACCAAACCCGAAGGCAGCAAUGAUGAUGACGUUGCCCCAGAGAAUUUCGCGAUCCUUUAUAAGGUAUCAGCAGAAUAUGACCUAUCUGUCCCCCAAAAGCGUCUCCAGGCUGCCUGUGAUAUCUUGAUUCUACUGUGGGCAAUAAAACAUGGCAAGGCUGCAGUAAUUACAAGCCAAAAUCGUGCAGAGAGCAACAUCGCUACGGAGGAAGACAUCGCUACAGAGUAUGGCCCCUUAUUCGUUGCCCGAGCAGUCUGGAAGAAAGAUAUCAAAAUGAAAGCAGCAAACAAGGACACCAAAUCUACCAAGAUUGGUGAUGGUUCGACUUCCAAGAAUUUCCUUGGAUUAGAGAUCCAUGGUCAGAAAGUCGACGUACCCGAUGGAACGUCAAUGCACCCAAUUCAUCAUACCGGGAUGGAAAUGUGUAACACCUUGCCAGGUUCGUUUGAUAUCGUUAAUGAUAUGGGACAUCACUGA